AUGGCUGUCGUUCAAGAUGAAGCUGGCGAGGCUGGCGUUGUCCAGGCAGUAAAACUCCUGAGGACAUACUGGUAUCUUGCUCUACCUCUUGUACUGGUUCUACGCUUUUUCUACUAUAAGCUCGCUUCGCCAUUAAGGAAUUAUCCUGGACCCUUCCUCGCCUCUGGCAGUCGAGCGUGGAAAGUCAUCUCCACAUGGCGAGGCAAGACAGAGACAGACCACAUCAAGAUCCACGAGCAGUACGGUCCGAUUGUGCGGAUAGCACCAAACGAGCUCUCCUUCUCCUCGCCAAGUGCCGCGCGAGAGAUUCUAGCAGCCGGGAAAGGCUUCCACAAGACCGACUUCUACGGCGUGUUCCCACCACCCGAGAACCCAGAUAUAUUCACAGAAACUCGCGAAGCGGUGCAUUCGGUUAAGAAGCGAUAUGCCAGCAACCCAUACAGCAUGGCGACCAUGCAACAGAACAGCCAGUAUAUCGAAGAGACGGAAAGGCAGUUCAGAGCAAAGCUUGAUACCAUGACCCAGACUCCAGAUCAAUUCUGUGAUCUAGGAGACUAUCUGCAUUAUUAUGCCUUCGACGUUUUAGGCGAGAUCGCAUUCUCAAAGAAGUUUGGUUUUAUCGAGGCAGGGUAUGACCUUGAGAAGGCUAUCAAAACUAUCGAUGAUAUGCAAUGGUAUGAUGGCAUCGUUGGUCAGAUACCGGAGUGGGACUUUGCAUUCAGGCGCAACCCAGUGUGGAAGUUCGUGCCGUGGUUGAACUCUGGAAACUUCCUGAUCACUCGCAUGGCUUUGAGCGAGAUGGCAGACAGGAAGAAGCUGGGUAGUAAAGAGCUGGACAACAGGAAAGAUCUUAUGAGUCAGCUGUUCGCUGCGCACGAGAAGGCACCCGAGACUUUCAAAGAGGGCGAUGUGUUCGCGGUUGCCCACGGUGCUAUCUUCGCCGGGUCCGACUCCACAGCCUCGACCAUGCAAUCCUUCUGCCACCACGUUCUCCGUGAACCAGUAAUUUACCGCAAAAUCAAUAAGGAGAUUGACGAUGCGACGACAGAGGGCAAGCUUUCAGAGAUGCCACAAUGGAAUGAGGUCCAAGCCCUGCCAUACUUUCAAGCCUGCCUAAAAGAAGCUAUGCGGGUACGACCAGCUGUUGGCCUAAAUAUCACGCGACAUGUCCCACCAGAGGGUGCAGACAUCGAUGGCAAGCGCUUCCCAGGCGGCACGCGCGUAGCUCUAAAUGCGUGGGUGUUGCAUCGUAAUGCUGAAGUGUUCGGUGCGGAUCCCAAACUCUUCAGGCCUGAACGAUGGCUUGAAGGCGAUGCCAAGACCAUGGACCGCUAUCUCUUUACAUUCGGUGGAGGAAGCCAUCUUUGCAUUGGUAAGAAUCUGGCACUGCUUGAGAUGAACAAGACUCUGCCUCUUCUCUUCCGCGAUUUCGAGUUUGAGCUUUUGAAGCCGCACGAGGAUCUGAAGUACCACUCGACAUUCUUCGUUGUGCAGUCGGGUCUUGAAGUCCGAAUAUCCAGGCGCAACAGGAAGGCGCAAUAG